CGAGUUUUACUUGUCAUUCAGGGUUUCAGGUGACGAACUGUCAUCAACCGUCUUUGUCAAAUCUGAUAUGAAAUAAUGUUUUGUUAAAGUUCAAUUAAGUGUUUAUAUGCACUUGUACAAGUACAAUGAUACAAUUUCCUCAUUAAUUUUCCUUAUCGUGCUUACCAGCAGUUUAUUAUGUAUUGAUUGUUGUGUUGUAAUAUAUGUAUUGUUUAUUCAUACAACGAUGGAAAAGGAGAGAUUUACAAUGCUUUUGCUGGAACCAGGAGAAAUAUUUUUUGAAGAUUAUAGCGUUCAGAUGAGAAAACUAGAGGCUUCACUUUCCAAAGAUGAAAAGUGGAUGGAUGGCAGAUUGAAAUUAUGCUCGAAAUCUUUAGUAUUUGUAAAUAAAGAUAUUAAUCAGCCACUAAUUAAGAUUCAACUCAAAGAAACUACAUUGAUCGAGCAAUGCACAUUGAACAACGAUAUAGUAAGUAAUACACUGUCGAUAGAGUGUAAGCAACAUGUGGAAAUGCUGGAGAAAAAUAUAUUAGCGCCAUACAGAUUUAUACAUCAGAAUACUGUGUUCCACUUCUGUUUUAACUAUGCAAAAGUGGAAGAUUGCCUUUCGCAGAUCCUGCAGCUGCACAGAGCAGCGAGUUUAGUAACCGUAGAGCAAAAUGCUAUGAUUAUGGCCAUUGUACACUCUAGACAGUCGCGUGUAUCUUUUGAUACAUCGUGGCUUGAAGAUCUAUAUGAACAGGUGGUCUUGGAGACCCAAGCGAAUAAAGUAUUGCCACUUGUAAUAAAUCCAGGCAGGGUAUUAUUGACCAACUUGAGAAUCUACUUUCAACCUUAUAAUAAUAUGGAUCAGCAUCCUGUCCUUAAGAUUCAACUGAAAGAUAUACGAAAUGUUAUAAAAAGGAGGUUCUUACUGCGACAAGUGGGUCUUGAAAUUAAAUGGACGCGACAAACCGACAGCAAGAGCGAACAUUUAUUUUUAUCGUUUCAAAAUCAAGAUGGCAGAGACAAGCUGUAUGAAAAUUUACUUCAACAAUCGGCGGUUUCUCUUGAGACUGUACCACAGAAUCAAAUGACAAUGAGAUGGCAAAAUGGAUAUUUAUCAAAUUAUGAUUAUAUUUUAUAUGUAAAUAGUUUGGCGGAUAGAACUUUUCACGAUUUGACACAGUAUCCAGUGUUGCCUUGGAUUAUACAAGAUUAUACUUCUACGACAUUAGAUUUAAAUAAUAUCAAUGUUUAUAGAGAUCUUUCGAAACCUAUUGGCGCAUUAAAUCCUACUCGUCUAGAGAAAUUGAAAGAACGAUAUUCAGAAAUGUCUGAACCCAAGUUUUUGUAUGGUUCUCAUUACAGUGCACCAGGUUUUGUACUGUUUUACUUGGUACGGAAAUAUCCUCAGUACAUGCUCUGUCUUCAAAAUGGAAGAUUUGAUCAUCCAGAUAGAAUGUUCAACAGUAUAGCCGACGUGUGGAAAAAUGUUUUGGUGAACAUGUCUGACUUUAAAGAACUGAUACCGGAGUUUUAUGACACGAGCAAUGGUGGUGACUUUCUAGUGAAUAAUUACGGUAUCGAUUUUGGCUAUCGGCACGAUGGUACAAAAAUAGGCGAUGUACAGCUACCUUCCUGGGCAAAAGGACCAGCUGAUUUUGUACAGCAAUUGAGAAAUGCCUUGGAAAGCGAUUACGUUUCUCAAAAUCUUCAUCAUUGGAUUGACUUAAUUUUCGGAUAUAAACAAAGAGGAGUUGAAGCGGAUAAGGCUGAGAACGUAUUCUUCCACUUGUGUUAUGAAGGAGCAGUAGAUUUAGAUACUAUACGAGAUAUAAAUGACAGACAUGGACUCGAGGUGCAAAUUAUGGAAUUUGGUCAGAUACCGAAACAAGUCUUCACCCUACCUCAUCCGAAACGUUUGACAUCAGCUCCAGAUUUAUUAUAUAGCGAAACCACACUAUUGAAUACUUUGUCAGAAUCAAUAACUUCAGGUAAUGCAUGUGUAAAGGAAAAAUCCAUUACUUUUACCGAAUUAGUAGUGUUUCAAGCACAUAAAGACAGCGUCACCAGUAUUGUGCGAAAAAAUACACUGGGUAAUGAAAUUAUAUCAGUGGGACAAGAUGGAACGCUUAAAUUGUACAACAUAAGUGAGAAGAAACUGACACGUAGUGUUACUUUGUCCCCGUUGUCAUUGUCAUCUUGUAUCUCGUAUUAUACACUAUCGCAACGUAACAUUCUUGUAGCAGGAUCGUGGGAUAAUACCUUGAUAUUUUAUGACAUCGAAUUUGGCAGAGUAAUUGAUGUCCUGCAAGGACACGAAGAUGCUGUGUCGUGUUUAGCAUGGAGCUCUACUCAUCGAGUGAUUAUAUCUGGAUCGUGGGAUUGCACUGCAAAAGUUUGGCACGAGUACACUUCUGGAUCAAAAAUUAAACCUGCGGAAUGCUUUAUCGCGCAAUUAGAUCAUGACUCUAAAGUAACUUGUAUUAACAUAUCGAGAGACGACAAUAUAUUGGUAUCUGGUACAGAAGAUGGCGAAUUGUGUUUAUGGAGCAUGAGUAAUUAUAAUUUACAAUCUACGAUUAAAGGUCACACCGGCAGAGUAAAUGCAAUAACGUUCGAUAAACAAUGCAGUAGCAUAGUAUCGUGUGCAGAAGAUAAAGUAUUAAAUAUAACCGAUAUUCACACAAGUACACAAAUAUAUUCCGUCAAUUUAGAAAGCGAGCCGUUGACAUUAACAUGGAUGGGAACGUUUUUACUAAUAGGUGAUAACGAUGGAAAUCUUAAUAUAUGGAAUCAUCAGGGAGCUGUAUUCAUUCCGCAAAUACAUUGUCACGAUGGACCGCUUUGCGCCUUAGCUGUAGUCGUUGAUAGCAAUUUGAUGAUAACAGGCGGAAAAGACAGAAAAGUCAUUGUAUGGGAAUGUCAUAAUCACUGAUACAGUAUUACAAAUGAUCACUAUCAAUGUAUAAGAAAACUUUUAUGUAAAUAGAAUGCAGGCCUAACAUAAUAUUUUUAAUUGUUUGUUAUAUAGAAUAGGCUACUAAAAUCUGUAUAUAUCUAAGCUAUAAAAUCUGUAUAGAAUAACAUAAAAUAACACAAAGUGAUCUGAAAAAAAUAUUGAAAGAUUGAGAAACAUUGCAUUUAUAAACAGAAAAUAUCCGUAAUAGUAAUACUAUAUGCUGACGAAUUCUUCGAUUCUUUUUUAAAUUAUCCCAUAUUAGAUUCUUAACACAUAUAUCACAAAGUUCUAAAUUGUUGAAAUAUGUCUAAUUUAAAUAUCCAAGAGAAACAUAAAAAAAAUUCCUCUUUUUAAACUAUACAUUUUGUAACUU